AUGUCCUACAUUAAUUUAUUUUCUGCCCUUACACUUUUGAUAAUCAUUCAAAAAUGUUUAUCUCAAGUAGCUGUUAUUGAAGAAAAAUCACCAGGUAUUAUCCAUGACAAUUUCUACAAAGCAAUGUUAAGUGUAAAAGAAGCAAAAUUACAUAAUGAACAUAAGAAAUUAGUUGGAAACAAGGCUUACUAUGAUGAAAAGAUAAAAUUAAUGAAGAAACAUAAUAAUCAAUUUGCAAGAAUUGCAGCUGAAUACAAAAAUAGAAUUGGUGAUCUUAUUAAAGAUAUAGUUGUUAAAAAAGACGAAGUUAAAAAACAUGUCAUAGAUGCACAAGAUUCAUUUGAUGGUUCUGAUAUCCUUGGUCAUUCGAAUAAUCAAACAGCUACAAAUAGUUGA